AUGGAAUCGCAGCCUUCAAUUCAACCAAUAAUUACACAGCCUAUGCCUAUAGAGAUCACUGGUCGCGUUAGCCGCUCAGCUCCUCCUGAGGCAGGAAAUUCGUUCACUGAUGUUGCAACACGUCAUGAAACUUUGGGAGAGUCACCAAAAUCACUUAAACCAAGUGGCUGGAUGUUGAAGUCAUCUCUUCGGCCCUUUUUUGAGUUUCCGACAAUCAACGGUAAGAAGUUUGCACAGUGUCUCUAUUGUGGAAAGCGGUAUCCUGAAGGUGAGUCAACGGGAAAUUUGUCUAAACACAUCCGGCAUGCGCAUCCGGCAGCUUUCAAAAACAAGAAUAACGAUAAAGUUAAAAAGUCGAGAACUUUAGACGUUUUUGUGCGGAGAUCAACCGCUUUGAGGGUGUCUAGUAUAAUAAGAGACGAAUACAAGAAAAAUCCCGAGGCUUUCCAAACGGUCCUGCUUGUUACAGAGGGCUUCCUUCCAUUUAGCUAUGUGCAGCUUAAUACUUGGAACAUUAUCAACAGCUCAAGACAGUCAAAAUUCAUUCAAUCAAGAACUACCCUUGUGAAAAAGCUUGAAUUAUUUUCUGGUUACAUGGAUGAGUGCUUAGCACUGAAUCUAAAAGACACCCAUCUCGUGAACGUUUUGUUAGAUAUCUGGACCGCGCCCAACGGUGAAUCAUUUUUGGGCAUUAUGGUUUCAUUUGUUCCAAAUAUUUUCAAUGAAACUACGUUGAGAUUAGCCACAGCGCCUUCAAUAUUUUUCAACCGGAACAAUAAAGCUCAAAAUACGCACUUGCUUGACUUUGUAAGCCUCGGCACAAAGAGUCAUACUGGGCAAUACAUCUAUACUCUAGUGUCAUCCCUUCUAGAGAAGCAUAAAUUAUUAGACAAAGUGGCUACCAUAACAAUGGAUAAUGCCACCAAUAAUGGUGCUUUUUAUUCUUUUUUGGUUCACGAUAAUUUGAAGUUGUACAAACCAUUGGCUCACCGUCUUUUCAAGCGGGUGCGCUACAUUAGGUGUACCAGCCAUGUUUUGAACCUGCAAGUUCAAAAGUUGUUUCACCAUCUUUAUUCUGAGGUCAAAUUUGCGGAUGCUUACACCAAUAUCGUGAAGCUGGCGAAAAUUAUGAGAUAUUCCACCCGCAUAGCAACUGGUCUGAAAAUUGCGAAAGUUCCCGUGAUUCCACUUGAAUGUCCAACCAGAUGGAUGCUAAAGUGGCGUCAAAUUGAGAGAUUUUUGGCAAACCGUAACUUAUAUGAAGCAUGGUGCCAGAAAACGAAAGAGAUGGGUGGAGAGAAACUCUCCUCUAAAAUGGAAAAGUACCUUAUUUUGGAUGCGAGGACGGCCCAAUUAUUGAAGUACUUCGUCGAGGCCUGUGAACUGUUCAACAAUCUAACUCUAAAAUUGCAGGAAGAUGAUUACAAUUGCCUGUCAAAUGCCGUUCCCUUCUAUUACCUUCUAGAUCAUUACUACACGGCCGCUUCACAAGCUGUGGAAGGUGUUACAUUUUCUAGCUCCUCUUCAGCUACCAAUUUCUCUUGCCUUAAUGGCUCUUCAGCGCUGCACCCUGAGGAUAGAGAACUUGUUCUGCAGGCCAUGAUGGUGGCACAGAAGUCACAUUUGAACUACUUUGCUGAGGUCAAGAAAGACCCCAUUUACUAUUUGUCUGUUAUGCUCGAUCCUAGACAUAAAACGGAAAAACUUUACCGCACAAUGUCUACGCCAGAGGCUAAUGAACGUAUUCAGCUAUGUGAAGCUUUCAUCAGAAAUUAUUUCAAAGAAUAUGAAUCCAUCGGCCCUUCAGAAGAGGUUAACACGUGUAUCGAACCCAGUUGUCACACGGAUCAAAAUAUCUUUGAUUUUGACCGACACCUACUGGGAUUAGUUGAUACCAAUGCUGAAGAUGAACAGGUGGUUGACGGCAACGCUGUAGACACAGCUGAAUGGAUUAAUUACUUGGGAGAGCCCAUUUUAGCUUCCAACUCGAGAGAAGCGGCCAUUUCUUGGUGGUUCGACAGACGUCUAAGAUUUCCACGGCUCUUCAAGCUUGCAAUGUCUUGUUUCUACACCAAAAUUUCUACUUGCGAUGUUGAGAGGUGCUUUUCUUUGGCUGGAAGGGUUAUGCGGAAGGAUCGUACGCGGUUAACUAGGAAGAAUGUGAGAACCUCGAUGGUUUUAAGAGAUAGGUUCCUGAAAUUUGACUUCUAUCAGUGCGACACAAGCUCGUUAACUCCUAAAGAGUUCGAAGAAGUGGAAAACGAGUCCGAACUGUGUGUUUCAGACUUUGACGGAUCUGAUUGUUAUCUCGACAGUGAAGAAGACGAUUUACACUUAGCCUCCACCAGUAAUGAGGAGACUUGCGUUUCAACAGACUCAGCGGAAGAUCUGACUAAUAGCUCACUAAGUAGGAGAAAGGAGGGGAACUAA